AUGGCAUUCGAUGCUAACGGUUUAUACGCUUCCGCCAUGUCGGAUUUAGACAGUGAAUAUCCGAGAGCGGAAAAUGGAAGACCGUUUCUACCAGAAGAAGAAAAAGAAUUUGUAAAACUCUUCAAUAAACAAAAAUUCAGACCUAGAACAGCUAUUUUAACAGUGUGGUUUGACUAUCCCAAAAACAUGUUCUUCCAACCGAUACCAGCUAAAGAUAAAAUCACUUUCACGAAUAAAGAAGGUAAAAAGGAAACUGGUAAAAAAAUCGGGUUCAGAAAUGGUUUCUGUCACGACGUUUUAACAUCGGUUGAUAUUCAAGAAAUAGUGAAAGCCGGUGGACGAAUUAUUAGAAUAUUAGAUGGUAUAGUUUACGAAGAAAAUUUUAAAACUCCACCCUAUAGAGAUUAUAUUUUAAUUUUGAGAGAUUUAAGAAAUAAAUAUAAACGAGAAGGUAAUAUCGUGGGUAGUAAUUGCAUGAAAUUAUUAGGUAAUUCCUUGUAUGGUAAAUCAAUUCAGAAAGAUAUAUUCACAACUAGACAUUUAUGGAAUGAAGCAACUUUACAGGCCAACUUUGAUUCACGUAUUAAAACCUCUGAGAAAAUUAAUGAUACUCAAUAUAUUGUUGAAACAGAAAUUGAAGAAAAGGAGAUUACUACCGAAGAUAGUAAAUCUACACGACUAACACCUAGUCAUUUGGGAUCAUUCGUUUUAUCUCACAGUAAAAAAAUAAUGAACAAUUUCAUUCACGUCAUAAAUGGAUUUUAUAAACCCGAAAUUUACUAUACCGACACCGAUAGUUUGUACAUUUCAUCCAAAAAUUGGAAAAAAACUAAACAGAGCUGGUUUGGUCUCCGAAAAAGACUAUUGCAAAGAAGUUAUUUGAAUAAUGUUAAAAGAAAACCACCAAACAGUGAAGGAAUUAUGUAUCCUUACAACGACAAAGAUGAGUAUAGUUUUGACGAAAACUAUGAAUUUGAUGAUUUCGAUUAUCUUACUAUUCAAGAAGAGAAUGAAGAUUGUUUUAAAUGA